AAUCUUUCAACCUGCCUCAGCAACUCAACUGUCCCUUCGCCUCCUCUGCGUCUUUCUCCAGGGAACUCGGGAUGCCGAAUGGCUUGGUUCACCGAGAAUUGGCUUCUCAUGGCACGGGUAAAGGCUCCUGCUGCGACCGUGUACACCCGCGACUUCCUUUGGCGCCCUGUUAUUCUUCUCUUCGAUCCACAUGCUCUUGAACCUACACCACUAGCUUACUUUUUGCGUCCUCUAGCCGCCAGUUUCAUUCUUAUCAACCUGUUUCCUGAUCUCGAGGUGUUUCGGCUGCGUCACUUCCCCGUCCAAUUGAUACGCUCGGGAAAAAAAGUUGUGAGCCUUUGUGGGUUCAUGCCGACCUCAUGCUCACUUGUUUUGCUUGUUUGA